UACAAGCCAAAAAUAUGUCUGAAGAGACAAAGAAAAAACUUAGCAAUACUGUUGCCAACGCUGCCGCUGGGUUUGGAAACAGAUACGCGUGGAUGAAUACGGGUAGUACGCCUCUUCCACGGCGACCUGCUGCCACUGCUAGUGGCACGGGAGGUGGCCCUGUCGCCUUUGGAACCGGUUGGGGGUCUUGGGGUACCUCCAAAGCCAAAGGGAGAGCGAAAGGGGCGAAAGGAGGAGACAAAGAGCGGACUAUUGGGUUGCGCGACGUUCUAUUCGCUGUCGAGCGUGAAAAGGGACAUGGUGCUGGUAGAGGAAGCGCUCGUGGAUGGAGCUGA